ACGUUUGUGUUUGAAGUUUUGCCGGUAUUUGUCAGUUUUACGUUCAAAAAGCUGAAAAUGAAUCUAAACGACGAUUUUAUAAGUAUCCAAGGGAUAGUCCUUAGCGCUGAAAAAAACGCAGGGUCACUCAAGAGAAUCAAAUACCGAGGAGGUAAUGAAUCUAUAAUUUUGAAUAUGAUAUCAGAAUUUCAUAAGUUUUUCUCCUCAAAAAACUACAUGAAAGACAACAAAAUUAACGAAGUCUUUGAAAAACAGCUAACUGAAAUCUGUGUGUUUCUUAUUCUCAAUACUGAAUUGCAACGACCUGUUGAAGACUCAGAAUUUCAACAUUUAAUUAAUAUAGUGCCUCAAUUAUCACCCUGUUUGUUAGCAAAUGUGAUAAUGGGACUAGAUCUAAAUAAAUAUUUCUGCAAAGCACUGUUGAGAUUCGAUUUGGAUGUUAUUGAGGAACUCUUGGUUGAAAUAAUUCCGUGUUUGAAGAAAUGUAAACCAAAAAUUCACAUUCAAACAGCCCAGGAGUACCUGAAAUUGAUAAUUGUGAAACUGUCUUUGAAAAAUGAAGCGUGGUCUGAAAACUGUGAAAAAUUGUGCGAUUCAGCCUCACAAAUACUACUGAAUUUAACAGGCCUUCAUGGUGACCAACUCCAAAACAUAAAACUCGACUCAGUCUACCAAUGUAUGGGGUUCACAAUUCUCAAUCUGCUCGAUUUAUUAUUAAUGUGUGAGGAGAAAAACAAAGCUUUAACACCUCUCAUCGAAAAACUUACUAAAACUUGUUGCUCCAUCAUGAUGGCGGUGACUCUCGACGUGUUUUGUUCAUGGGCUGAGGUUGAGUACGAAGGGGAGCCUCUUCAGACUUCAAUCGCUGGCAAAAGUUACCUAUUUAUAAACAAAUACCAGAAAAACCCACUCGCCAAAGAACUGAUCGCUAUGUUGGGCACCAUAGCCCAAAAACCCAAAACCAUAGACGACCUGAUCCUCCAAGCCGAUGUCCCCACAAUAAUAUCAAAGAUAAAUCAAGUCGACUCUAGCCAAAAACAGUGGUUUAGGGCCCUCCUCAACACCCAGGUUUUAAAAUGCGAGAAAAGUAUUAAAUGUGUUGAGCAAUGGGCACAUUUGUGCACUGUUAGCGAUGUCACACUGUUACUUGACAUGGGGGUGCUUAGUAAAGACCCCCGGGCCAAAAAAGUGGUCAUUCAGUGUGCCUCAACACUUGAACUAAACGACUUGAUUUUAGUUUCGACGCGACAUUUUCACAAAAACGGAAUUGUGAGCAAUUUUAGGGAAGAUUUGCGUCAGGAUUUGGUGUUGUUCUUCAAUAAAAUUAAAGAUGGGGAGGUUUUUUCGAAAGAAUUGCAUUUACUACUCUUGCAAAAUCCGGAACAAACACUGAGUUGGGUGUUUUCUGAGUGCUUGAAAAACACUUUUUAUUCAGAGAAUUUGAUAGAUGUUUGGCCUUGCCUCAAAGAGGUUUUAACAAUUGGUGAUUUUGGGUUAAAUAUUUUAAAGAAAGAAAUCAGUGGUAAUUUUCCCACUGACCAGACUUGGAAAAAUCAUUCAGAGCUACUGAAUGCACUAAUAAGGGCUGAAAUUUUCUCAACUGAAAAAAUUGUCACUGGGGUGCUUUUGCCCUUACUACAAAGCGCCCACAAGGAAGCCAACUACCAACUUUUGAAAAAUGGUUUAAUCGUCUUAAAAGAUUUGCAAGGACACAUUUUCGUCAAGCAGGAAAACGAGUCCUUUUUCCAAUUUAUUUUUGACGUUAUGAAAAGUUGCAGAUGCAAUUUUUUGAACUUUGAUAGUUUGAAACAAGAAAUAGUGAGGCAAACGGUCGAUGUUAUUGAAAAGUGGUGUGAUGUGCGUCAUGUUGUUCAACUUGACAGCUGUGAAGAUUUUUUUGUUUCGUUUUACUACAAGAAAAUCUUUGAAUCAGAUUCCGAUGUAUUAAAAUAUUUUUUCCCAAUUAACUUUAAAAAUCACGCAGAAAUCGUUGCUCAUCUUACAAAGAUUUUGCCCUUGUGUGUGACUCCGGAAUGGCUUCUUAUUUCACGAAGUUUAGUAGAUUUGUGUGGAAUAGAGAAGAGUGUGGAAUUAUUAUGUGACGUUAUAAUCCUCCUAUGUGAAGUAACAAACAGUCAAAAAACAAAAACUGAAGAAACGAAAAGAAUGUUAAGUGCUUUAAAAUAUUAUCUUCAGAACAUCGGACUUGUGGUUAAAGAAUGUGUCCAACCGAAAGUGAUCAACGUUUCUGAAGAUGUCUCAAUAACGAAAAAUAUUUGUCGCAUGUUGAAACAAAUCCCAGGAGAGUUAAAAAGUGAAGAAGGAGUCUCCUUAGCAAGUCUCUUAUCAUCAUCAUCAUUGAAAUCUCUAAAACCCGAUAAAAAAUUUGCUUGUUUGGUCGCGUCCAUCAACGAGCCCCAUAUUUGUAAAAUGUUAUCACAAAAAAUCCUGAGUUAAUUUUUAUUAAAAAUAAUUUCAUA